GUGCUCCUCCCUCCCGUAUACCGUUGAUGCCGAUUUUCUCCUCCUCCUCCUCCUUCCUAUAUACGCGCCUCUCUGCCUCCAUCUCCCGCGCGUGGAUCGUCCAGAUUGACAUUCAGACCUGUCCUAGAUAUUGUAACGGUCGGCGCUUAACACCCGCUCCCAAAGGGGACGAUCUCUUGCCUAGUUUUUUUUUUUUGUUUCCUUUCCUUUCCUUUGGCCAAACUUUCUUUCAACAAAUUGUGCGCAAGUUCGCCGGGAUUGCCGAUUUAUUUCCAUCUGUACGUAUAUAUUAUAUGUACAUAUAGGUGUCUGGGCCAGUGCCGGUGUUGCAAGCAAAAGGUGCGCGAGUGAGUAGACGCGUGUCCGAGAGGGGAGUCGUUACGGAGGAAAAGGAAGGAUGAGGAUCGGCAGAAGGAGAAGCAGCCUCGGGGAGAGCCAGAUAAGCGACGACGAGGAGUGCCAAGGGGGUGGAAUCUGCCCGUCCUGCCGGCUGGCCGUUAACAAGGACACGGGCAGGCUCAAAUGGUGCAUGGGUGGCAAUGACAUAUGGCGCACGCGAAUAAGGUUCAUGCUGCUGAUACCGGCCGUCAUACUGCCCGUGGCGAUAAUCAUCAUCGCCCUCUCCAAGUCCACUGUCAUCGGGAAAUUGUCGAUGCGCUCGAGCCACGCGCAGUCGCUGGACCCUUCCGCCGCUCCCGUCGCCGUUGAGGAUCAUAACACCGCGAGCCCCGUGACGGCCGAUCUCCCACCCGUUUCGAUCGUACCUCGAGAUCGGCAGCAACGGCGCAAGAGAGACAUGAGCCAGAGAGGAUACGAGGAGUCGCCGGUAGCACCGUCACAAGGAGGAGAAGGGAAAAGAGAAGUUGGGACCUCCAAUGGCGAAAAGAUCGGCAAAUCGGCGUCAAACGCCCUCAACGGCGAGGCCCACGAAGCAGCAUCCAACGCCGUCAUGCAGCAGGAACUGCAAGUAAAUUUCUCACGGUCCCCGAGGGCAAAGACGGAGCGGGCCCGGGGCGAAGCAAAUAGACGAGGGCAGAUCGAAGGGGCGAGCGGCCGAGGGCGCGGCGACGGGAACUGCGACGAGGAGGAGGAGGAGGACGAGGAUAGUGAUUCUCCAGCCGUAGACGACGACGAUGAUAGUGUCGACGGGGAAGAAGAAGAGGAGGAGGAGGAGGAUGAGGAAGAGGAGGAUGGUAGCAAAGAGCCGGAAAGGGGGAGGAAGCUGCCGAGAGCCUUUGACGAGGGCCGAGUGGGUCAGUCUUACAGCGUCGACGAGGAAGAUUCUUUGAAUUUCUGGGAAGGCAAUUGGAACGAGGACUACAUCCGAAAAUCCCAAGCCAAGGUGAUGUUGCGCUACAUGGACAGGACGGCGGACCCCUGCCGGGACUUUUACCAGUUCGCCUGCGGCAAUUGGCAAAAGUACAACUCCAUACCCGACGACAAGGCCGGCUUCGACACGUUCGAGACUCUGCGCGAGUCCCUCGACCUGGUGCUCAAACGACUCCUCGAGGAAACGUCCCCGGUCGGCACCGACGACGCCGUCGUCAAAGCCAAGAACCUCUUCCGCAGCUGCAUGAACUACGAGAUAUUGGAGAAGCGGGGCGAGCGCCCGCUGCUCGAGUUGCUGGACGAGCUCGGCGGGUGGCCGAUUUUGCGUCCCGAUUGGGACUCCGAGAGCUUCGACUGGAUCACUUUGGCGGCUCAGCUGAGGCUCUACAACAACGACAUACUCAUAGCCGAGUGGGUCGGGCCUGACACAAAGAACAGCGACGAGUACAUAAUACAGUUUGACCAAACUACCCUGGGCCUACCCACAAAGGACUACUAUCUCCAGCCGGCCAACGCGAUUUAUCUGAUGGCGUACAAAAAUUACCUCAUCAGCGUGGCCAGUUUGCUGGGCGCGACGCACAGGAACGCCCGAGUCCAGGCCGAGGAGCUCGUGCAAUUUGAAACACACCUUGCCAACAUAACGAUAUCGUUGAACGAGAGGCGCAACGCGACCGAGCUGUAUAAGCGCAUGACGUUGGAGAGGCUCCACACGGCGAUACCGCAGAUCGAUUGGCACCGCUACCUUUCGAUAGUGCUCGCGCGGCCCGUCAACUACUCCGAGCCAGUCGUCCUCUUCACCAUGAAGUACCUCCAAGAUCUGGUCGAGCUGAUUGCCCGCACCCCGCCUAAAACAGUGGCCAACUACCUCCUGUGGCGUUUCGUCCAGCACAGGGUCAACAAUCUGGACGACCGGUUCCAAGAGGCCAAGCAGACUUUCUACUACAUACUGUUGGGCCGGAAAAAGUCACCGUCGCGCUGGAAAAACUGCGUGGCUCAGGUCAACGCCAACCUGGGCAUGGCCUUGGGCUCGAUUUUCGUGAGAAAGUACUUUGACGAGAAGAGUAAAAACGACACGCUGGCCAUGACCCACGAGAUCCAGCGGGCGUUUCGCGAGCUGCUGAAUCAGUCGAACUGGCUGGACUCGGUGACGAAGGAGGUAGCCGGUGAAAAGGUCCAAGCGAUGAAUCUGCGCAUCGGCUAUCCCGACUUUAUCUUGCGUUCCCGGGAGCUCGACCAUCGUUACAAAGACGUGGAGAUCAAUCCAGACAGGUAUUUCGAAAACACCCUGAACAUACUGCGCCACCUGACCAGAAUCGAGCAGGACAGACUGGGCAAGCCCGUCAACAAGACCCAGUGGAACGCCGCGCCCGCCAUCGUCAAUGCCUACUACAACCGCAACGAGAACCAAAUCGUGUUCCCGGCGGGUAUAUUGCAGCCGCCCUUUUACCACAGGUACUUUCCCCGGUGUCUGAAUUACGGGGGCAUAGGUGUGGUCAUUGGCCACGAGAUAACCCACGGCUUCGACGACAAGGGCCGGCUCUUUGACAAGUACGGCAAUCUGCAUCGUUGGUGGAGCAAAGACAUCAUCGACGAGUUCAAUCAGAGGGCCACCUGUCUCAUCGAUCAGUACAGUCGGUACGUCGUCGACGAGGUCGCGAUGCCGAUCAAUGGCGUGACCACGCAGGGGGAGAACAUCGCCGACAACGGUGCGAUCAAGCAGGCUUUCAAGGCGUACGAAAAGUGGAUGUCGGAAAACGAGGACGCGAACGAGAGUCUUCCCGGGAUGGAGGCGACGGGGCGCCAGUUGUUUUUCCUCAACUUUGCCCAGGUCUGGUGUGGCUCGAUGCGGCCCGAGGCGAUGCGAAACAAGCUCAAAACGGCCGUCCACUCGCCAGGCCGGUACCGCGUCAUCGGCACGCUCUCCAACUUCGAAGACUUUGCCAAAGUGUUCAACUGUCCGCUGGGCAGUCCCAUGAACCCCGUGAAAAAGUGCCUCGUCUGGUGAGGAUACAGAGAUAC